UGUUAAAUAUAAAUGCUUAUAAAGGCCGAAUCAUUUCAUACUUACUGAAUAAAUACUUAGCAACUAUAUACUUUCAUAACAAUAGACUCUCUUUAUAUAAUUAUAUAAAAGUAAAGAUGAUUUUAUGUUUUGUGUUUGGACUUGUAUUGUUUGGAAGGACACUUUUGGCAAGCCAGGAAGAGCCGGUUUGUACUUCAAGAUUUGACUAUGAUCAUAAAAUGUUACAGAAAAUGGUCAUGUUGGAAAUAGAACAGAGAAAUACUAAGAUUGCUUUAGAGGAGAUAAAGACAACGUUAUCAAAACAAACAGACGGAAGCAGGCAGGAGAAGUUAUUGCUGGCAAACAUUGAGGAAAAGAUAAAAGAAGUUGAAACAGCUACUUCAGUUCUUCGAUCGGGAAAUACGUACGUGCGUUGGGGAAGAACACAAUGUCCAGAAAAUGGAACAGAGUUGGUUUACAAAGGUUACGCUGGUGGUUCCCACUUUAAUAAUAAAGGAGCUUCCGCCAACUAUUUAUGUCUACCGGAACAACCGUUGUGGAAUGUAUACGAAGACGCUGAGCAGACUGCAAGCACUGUCUAUGGAGCAGAAUAUGAAUUGUAUGGUAGAAAUAUGAAUAAUUUCUUCGGAAAAGGAGUGGCAGAUCAUAACGUUCCAUGUUGUGUAUGUCGUACGAACAGGGCAAGCAUUCUAAUGAUCCCAGGCCGGAAUAAAUGCUAUGAUGGAUGGACAUUGGAAUAUGAAGGUUACCUAUCGAGUGGUCAUUACAGUCACGAAGCAUCAUCUGAAUUUGUUUGUCUUGACGCAAAACCAGAGAUCAUAAAUGGUGGUAGUGCUGAUGAAAAUGGAAAACUAUUUUAUUUUGUUGAAGCGCGCUGUGGAUCGUUACGAUGUCCACCAUAUGUGAACGGACGCGAACUUACAUGUGUCGUCUGCUCUAAAUAAGUUCUAUAUAUAUUACAAGAAAAGCAUUAAUGCAAAGCAUCAAAGGGCGUCCAAGCAAGAAAUGCAGAAAGUGUCCCUUAUUAUGUUAUCGCUAUUCGCUAUUAGCGAAGACCCCCUCUUAAGGUAUCUGUUCACACUUAGUAAAAAUAUGACACUGGUUAUAUUACCAUGUUGAUCAUGUUGAGCAUGUUGUUUAUUAUACAAUAAUUGUAAUAUCUAUUUUAUUAUAAAAAAUACAGAUUUUA